AUGGGCAACUGCUGUGCGACGCCGCCGGCGGUGGACGGUGGCGGCGGCGGCGGCGGGAAGCAGCAGAAGGAGCCCAAGCAGAGGAAGGGCAAGAAGCCCAACCCCUUCUCGAUCGAGUACAACCGGUCGGCGCCGCCGGGGGCCUCCAGGCUGGUGGUGCUGCGGGAGCCCACGGGGACGGGCCGGGACAUCGCCGAGCGGUACGAGCUCGGCGGGGAGCUCGGCCGCGGGGAGUUCGGGGUCACCUACCUCUGCACCGACCGCGCCACCAGGGAGGCCCUCGCCUGCAAGUCCAUCUCCAAGAAGAAGCUCCGCACCGCGGUGGACGUCGAGGACGUGCGCCGCGAGGUGGAGAUCAUGCGCCACCUCCCCAAGCACCCCAACAUCGUCACCCUCAGGGACACGUACGAGGACGACAAUGCCGUGCACCUCGUCAUGGAGCUCUGCGAGGGCGGGGAGCUCUUCGACCGGAUCGUCGCCCGGGGACACUACACGGAGCGCGCCGCCGCUGUGGUCACCAAGACCAUCGUCGAGGUCGUGCAGAUGUGCCACAAGCAUGGAGUGAUGCACCGGGACCUCAAACCAGAGAAUUUCUUGUUUGCAAACAAGAAAGAAACCGCGGCGCUGAAAGCAAUUGAUUUUGGCCUGUCUGUUUUUUUCACUCCAGGUGAGCGGUUCACUGAGAUUGUUGGAAGUCCUUAUUACAUGGCUCCAGAGGUGUUAAAGAGAAAUUAUGGCCAAGAGGUUGAUGUUUGGAGUGCAGGAGUGAUUCUUUACAUCCUUCUUUGUGGUGUCCCUCCAUUCUGGGCAGAAACUGAACAAGGUGUUGCUCAAGCAAUUAUCCGGUCUGUCAUUGACUUUAAAAGAGAUCCAUGGCCUAGGGUCUCAGAUAAUGCAAAAGACCUUGUCAGGGGAAUGCUUAACCCAGAUCCAAGGAGGCGUUUGACAGCUCAGCAAGUGCUUGAUCAUCCCUGGUUGCAGAAUAUUAAGAAGGCUCCAAAUGUCAAUUUGGGUGAGACAGUUAAGGCCAGACUUCAACAGUUCUCUGUGAUGAACAAGUUCAAGAAGCAUGCACUUAGGGUCAUAGCUGAGCAUCUUUCGGUAGAAGAGGUGGCCGGCAUAAAGGAUAUGUUUGAAAAGAUGGACCUUAACAAAGAUAGUAUGAUUAAUUUUGAUGAACUGAAGCUUGGUCUGAAUAAACUUGGCCACCAAAUGCCUGAUGCAGAUGUCCAAAUACUAAUGGAUGCUGCUGACGCUGAUGGAAAUGGGUGCUUAGACUAUGGAGAAUUUGUUACUCUGUCUGUUCACCUGAAAAAGAUCGGCAAUGACGAACAUCUGCAUAAGGCAUUUGGAUACUUUGAUCGGAACAAGAGUGGAUAUAUUGAAAUUGAUGAACUCCGGGAGUCAUUAGCUGAUGAUCUGGGACCAAAUCAUGAAGAGGUUAUCAAUGCCAUCAUCCGUGAUGUAGACACUGAUAAGGAUGGCAAGAUAAGCUUUGAUGAGUUUGUGGCAAUGAUGAAGGCCGGAACUGACUGGAGGAAAGCCUCGAGACAAUAUUCGAGAGAACGGUUCACUAGCCUCAGCUUGAAGCUGCAGAAGGACGGAUCGUUGCAGAUAACAAAUUGUGUGAUCCAGACCAUCACAAAAAGUACUACGCCUUUGAUGAAAGGUAGUGUACAAGAGAAAGAGGAAAAAGUUUGUGGAUUAUAUUCUGAAGCUGAAAGGGUGAAAGUAAAAUUGACAGCUUAA